UUUGAGAGCGCUGCGGUGGGUACGCGCCGGCGCCUUCCAGUCAGUUCGUGACUUUUCCCGCGCAAGUGACCCGGAUUUCGAAAGUUCCGCGCUCGGAUCCGAUUUGUUUUCGAUCGCUUCGUAUGAUUGUCCGACUCGGAUCAUUUUCCGCCUGAUUUCCGGUUCAGUGCGGUGUAUUGUCUUUUUUUCCCCCUGUUGGUUUUUCUGCCCAACGAUUAAUAAACACAGUGAGCUCUGCAUCAUCGGGAUGCAGGCUGAGUGAGUGAUCCGUCCUCUGCGACAAAAACGCGUUUCAGGACUCAUAAAGAGUGCGGUCAAUUUUAAUUUCGCGCCAAAAUGGUGAACAGUGUGGAAGACGUUUUUGACGACGCAGAGAACGAGAUUGGUGAUUCCUCGCCCGUUAGGAAUAAAAUCGACACCAACAUCGAUGAGCCGAAAUCGAAACCCCAGAUCGAAUGCAAAGAGUGCAAAAGUUACGUCUACUGUCAGGGUCCCCUCCUGUACGACUACCAGUUCUCGGGCCUCUUCAAUGACUCGAAGACGUUCGUGGACAAGCGGCUCCUGUUCCCGGAGGAGGAGAUCGUGCGCAAGUACACGGCCCUGAAGAAGUCCCGCGGCGGCGAGCUCUCGCGGGCGGAACUGGAGAGCUUCCUCGCGGAGAACUUCGCCGACGGGAACGAGCUGAUCCCGUUCGAGCCGCCGGACUUCACUUCGGAGCCCUCGGUGCUCGGCUACAUCCAGGACGGACAGUACCGACGCUUCGCGGCCAAGCUCAACGAGGUCUGGAAGACCCUCGCCCGCGUCGUCGACCGCGAUGUCCUCGAGAACCCGCGCAUGCACUCCCUCCUCUACGUCCCCAACACCGUCAUCAUACCUGGAGGUCGUUUCACCGAAGUAUAUUACUGGGACACCUACUGGAUCGUGAAAGGCUUGCUGCUGUGUGACAUGUUCGAUACAGCGAAAGGUGUGAUAGACAAUAUCAUAUAUCUAGUCAAAAAGUACGGCUACAUGCUGAACGGGAGCAGGAACUACUACGAGAACCGGUCCCAACCACCGCUGCUCAUCCCGAUGGUGGCCGCCUACUAUCAGCUCAAACAGGACGAGGCCUGGCUUCUCGAAAAUCUCCCGGUUCUGGAGUUGGAGUUCCAAUUUUGGAUGAACAACCGCAUGAUAAACGUGAAAAAGGACGGGAAAACGUAUCGAAUGGCGCAUUACAGUGUCGAAACGUGCGGACCCAGGCCGGAAUCAUUCAAGGAGGAUUUCACCCUGGCGUCAAACCUGACCUCUGAUGAGGAGAGGACAAACUUGUACAUAGAACUGAAAACAGCGGCGGAGACAGGAUGGGACUUCUCUCAGAGAUGGACAAAAACUCCUCCUGGACAAACAGAAUCAUUGCUGUACCUGAAAACCCGCUCCAUCAUUCCGGUAGAUCUGAACGCAUUCCUACAGCUCAACGCCCACUACCUGAGCAACUGGUUCUUUAUGGCUGGAGACAUUUCGAAAGGUGAAUACUACCUGCAGAUCGCGGAAGAACUGCUCACGGCCAUCGAUGAGGUCAUGUGGCGUGAAGACUUGAAAUCGUGGUUUGAUUGGGACAACGAGGACGGACAGAGCAGAGUAGACUUCUACGCAUCCAACUUGACUCCACUCUGGACCGGAAGUUACAGGAAAGCACCGCAAGAAAUGGGAAAAUUCGCCGUUGAGUACCUGGUGUCACAGGGAAUCAUUUCCGAGGACGGUAUACCUAGAUAUCUCGGAAUCCCGACAACGCUUAAGAAUUUCGGACAACAAUGGGAAGCACCAAACAUGUGGCCUCCAUUACAGAUGAUCGGAAUCCAAGGCCUGGACAACACGCUGUACCCUAAGGCGCAACAGGUUGCAUACCGGCUCGGAGCGAAAUACUUGGAGACUAACUAUGUUGGUUUCGUUCGCACAGGACAGAUGUUUGAAAAGUACGAUAUGAACCAACUGGGUUCUAUUGGAGGCGGAGGUGAGUACGUGCCACAAACCGGAUUUGGGUGGAGCAACGGUGCUUGCUUCGAAAUUCUCAGCCGCUACGGGCACAAACUCAGGAGCCCCCAGGAGUACCCCCUCCCAAACUAACUGCGAAAGUCCAAAUUUUAAGAACGAUCGUGGAAUGACCUAAAAUUACUGACGAGACCCCCUACGUUACGGGAAAACUUCAAAGAUAGCAAAAAUAUUCGAGGAAAAUGGUGUUUUCAUGGAUGACCUCAAUCAGAUUUGUUUCCAAGUUCACGCGUAAAUAUUUUGCUAGAAACACACAUCACGACUGAAAAGCAAUCAAACAUCACUUGGCUCUUUCAAAGUGUUUUUGGAAUCUAGAACUUAUUCACUGGAAAUGCACAGUGAAAUAAGAUUACUUAGCCGUGACCUUCCUGAUGUAAAUCCGUUUUUUACUUGAAAAGUAAAUAUUAUGAACUAUGAUACACAUAUGAGCGAAAAAUAAUUAGUAACAUUUUUCGCUUCAUUUCCUAAAAUUUCUAUACAUUGCUUAUCUUGGCUACGAAAGGAUAUGACACAAUAUAUCAGAUUGUUCUGAAUGAAAAACCGAUACGAAUAAUGAAAAUAUGAUUAUGAUAAGAAAGUCCCGCUCAGUUACUUAAAUAGACAAAAAAAUCGAGAGGUACGAAUUUCGCCCUAGUAGGGAAAAAAUCGAACUAAGAGCACCUUAAAAUAAUAACGAAGCUUUUAAAGUUGUUAUUCAAAAACAAAAGUGAAAAACUCAUAGUUGCAAAUUGAAAGAAACGAAUACCUGAGCAUAAAAAACAAGAAGCUUAGUAGUGCCUUUGCGUCUAUAGCAAUUUUUUCCGUCCACGAAUAUAAGGAAGCUUUUAAAAAGCUGAUUAUAUUUUUGUGCCGCUGUUACAGCUGGCCGACACUUUAAUAUCUCUUUGCGAUGAGAAUCUCCAUCACUUAAUGUUACCUUUUAAAUUAUUUAGUUAUAGUUGUUUAGCUGCACGAUCAGACCGAUCUACCCAAUAACCAGCGAAUUUAGGCCGUCUCUAAACUCAAUUCCUUGAUAGAAAGACGUCACUGUAUAUGUUACGCUAUUAAUUUAUUAUUUAUAAUUAUUAUUCUGUUAUUUAUGCGUUGUAAAUAUUUAAUUUAUUUAUUAAAACAUCAAUAAACUGUACCUGCUAUCUGAGAA